CACGAGUCAUCUUCCUUACCCCCACCACAUCUUAAAAUGUCCACUGCUGAAGAGAUCGCCAAAGCAGCCAAGAUUGCUUUCGAGGAUUCGCAGCUCGUCGCAUCGUCUGAACGCGUGAAUGCCCUACAUCACAUACGGCGAGCCUUGGAGUCAUGUAAGGCGGAAAUCCUAGCGGCGAACAAGGAGGAUCUGCAGGCUGCUCAAGUCGAAGUAGACGCAGGGCGGAUGACCGAAUCACUGCUGAAGCGCUUAGACCUGAACAAGGGCGACAAAUGGGACUCGAUGCUCGAGGGCGUUUCUCAAGUUGCAGACCUGCCGGAUCCUACCGGUAUUGUCUCCUACGCCAAGGCGCUGGAUGACGAUCUGGAGGUCUUUCGGGUUUCCUGUCCUAUUGGCGUUCUGCUUGUCAUAUUCGAAGCGCGUCCGGAGGUCGUGGUGAACAUCGCGGCUUUGGCAAUCAAGUCCGGAAAUGCUGCGAUUCUGAAGGGCGGAAAAGAAUCGAAUCGCACCACAAAACUGCUCGCACAAGCGAUCGCAACGGGGCUGUCUCAAUCAUCUCUCCCCAGCACCUAUGUGCAGACAAUCCAGACCCGGGCAGAGGUCUCAUCCCUUCUCUCAUUGGACCAAUACAUUGACCUUGUCAUACCGCGAGGAAGCAAUGCUCUCGUGCGGAACAUCCAAAACAACACGCGAAUCCCAGUGAUGGGACAUGCUGACGGCCUGUGCCAUGUGUAUUUGGAUGAAUCCGCGGACUCGGAAAAAGCUGCUCGUGUGGUCGUCGACUCGAAGAUCGACUACCCGUCUGCCUGCAACGCAGUUGAGACGCUGAUUGUACACAAAUCUCUGUUGCGAACUGUAUGGCCAGUGGUGGCCCGUGCGUUACUCGAAGUCAACGUCCGAAUGCUCUGCGAUUCCGCGACUCUCGAGGUGGUUCAGAAUCUGUCCCCGGCACCGCCGAACUUGACAACCCACAUCUCGCCCUCUACCCCCGAAUCUUACUCCACUGAGCAUCUGACGCUCACGCUCUCCGUCGUCACAGUCACCUCCCUGUCUGAGGCUGUCCGAUUCAUCAACUCCCACUCCUCGCACCACACCGACUCCAUCGUCACGGAAAACGAGCAGGCCGGAGCUGUAUUCUGCCGGGGCGUCGACAGCGCUGGCACUUUCGUCAAUGCGAGCACUCGAUUUGCUGACGGAUUUCGAUUCGGGUUUGGGACGGAAGUGGGCAUUAGUACUGGGCGCAUCCAUGCUCGAGGGCCAGUGGGCCUUGAGGGCCUUGUGAUCUACAAGUACAUGCUUCGGAGUACUGGAGGCAAGGGUCACGUCGUCAGUGACUUUGCAGUUGGAGGGAAGCGAUUCACACAUUCAAAUCUACCGCUGCGACUCCCUCCCUCUUUGUCUCAAUGAUCUAUACGUAUACACUGUAUACGAUACUUUUCUAAGAGCAGUUCGAUCUGCUCGCUCAGCGUUCUGGGGCCAGUGAGCAUUCCGUGGAGCAAAGAAUCCGCCAGAAGCGCCUGUUGACCCAUGAACUAAUUAAUGAUUGAGACCUCGUGACCGUGUUUCUUCUUGCAUGACGUUCAGCUCAUGAUGUCACCCCAAUCCCCACAUCCUCUACUUACCUACCACCAUGUCCACAUCUCAAGAUAAGAACUGGAAAGAGCGCGGACAAGCUUCUGAAGCUGCCUAUGCUCACAAGAAAGAGCAAGAGCAGCUCGCUGCACUGCGAGCGUCCUCUCAGGCGAAGCAGACUUCCGAAUCAGCGGCCAAGGCGGCCAAUGCGCGAGAUCAGGACUUCGAAGGAGGCUUUGGUGGACAGGAGGAUCUCGAGGAUCGCUACGCUACAACGAGCGGCGAACAUUGAUCGGGAGUCGGAAAGUGUAUAUCAGGAAUACCUGCGCAGGAGCGAAUGUCAAUGUUAUAGUACUGUUCAGAAUCUGGAGCCUCCAGCCGCGACUUGGGAUACACAAAAUCAGGAUUUGAUGCUCUCAUUUCCAUUGGUAUGUCCCUGACCCUACAUGCGCUACCCGAACUUGAGGAGCGAUCAACGUGCAAUCACAUCGACCAGGGAUUGAACGAAUAUUCGAGAUUAGAUUAGAUUAUUUGUUAUGAUGUCAUCUUCAUUAACCGCAACAUCCGGUCCUUCGAGAUA